AUGAAGUUGCUGAAGCCGAGUUGGGUGAGCCACAAUGGCAAACCCAUCUUCUCUGUGGACAUUCAUCCCGAUGGGACAAAGUUCGCCACAGGAGGACAAGGGGAGGAUUCGGGGAAGGUGAUGAUCUGGAACAUGGCUCCUGUCCUCAGAGAAGACGACGAGAAGAACGAGAGUGUCCCCAAAAUGCUCUGCCAGAUGGACAACCACCUCGCCUGUGUCAACUGCGUGCGUUGGUCCAAUAACGGUCUGUAUCUGGCCUCUGGGGGAGACGACAAACUGGUGAUGGUCUGGAAGAGAGCCGCCUUCAUCGGGCCCAGCACCGUGUUCGGCUCCAGCUCCAAACUGGCCAACGUGGAGCAGUGGAGGUGUGUGACCAUCCUCCGCAACCACACUGGAGAUGUGAUGGACGUGGCCUGGUCGCCUCAUGACGUGUGGUUGGCCUCCUGCAGCGUGGACAACACCAUCGUCAUCUGGAACGCACGCAAGUUUCCAGAGAUGGUGAGUGUCCUCCGGGGCCACACUGGGCUGGUGAAGGGCCUGACCUGGGACCCCGUGGGGAAGUACGUGGCUUCACAGGCCGACGACCACAGCCUCAAAGUGUGGAGGACCGUGGACUGGAACAUGGAGGCCAACAUCACCAAACCAUUUAACGAGUGCGGCGGCACCACUCACGUUCUCAGACUGUCCUGGUCUCCUGACGGACAGUACCUGGUCUCCGCUCACGCCAUGAACAACUCCGGCCCCACGGCUCAGAUCGUGGAGCGCGACGGCUGGAAGACCAACAUGGACUUUGUGGGCCACCGGAAGGCCGUGACUGUCGUGAAAUUUAAUCCCAAAAUCUUUAAGAAGAAGCAGAAGAACGGCAGCUCCCCCAAACCCAGCUGCCCGUACUGCUGCUGCGCGGUGGGCAGCAAGGACCGCUCGCUCUCCGUCUGGCUGACUUCGCUGAAGCGCCCCCUAGUGGUUAUACACGACUUGUUCGACAAAUCCAUUAUGGACAUCUCGUGGACGCUGACCGGGCUGGGGAUGCUGGUGUGCUCCAUGGAUGGCACUGUGGCUUAUCUGGACUUCUCUCUGGACGAACUCGGAGAUCCGCUCAGUGAAGAGGAGAAGAACACGAUCCACCAGAACAUCUAUGGGAAGAGUCUGGCCAUCACCAACACAGAGACGCAGCUCUCCACCACCAUCAUUGAGAACCCAGAGAUGUUAAAGUAUCAACAAGAGCGAAGCCAGAACCAGAACCAGACCAGGACUGAACCUGGAGCCAACGACAGCUCGGCCCCCAAACUCAGCAGCGUGGUCAACGGGGAGUCGCUCGAGGACAUACGCAAGAACCUCCUGAAGAAACAGGUUGAGACGAGGACGGCUGACGGCAGGAGGAGAAUCACCCCCCUGUGCAUCGCUCAACUGGACACAGGGGACUUCUCCCCAGCCUUGUUCAACAGCACUCCAAUCCUUCCCUCCGGCUCCUCCCUGUCCAACCAGAUGGGAGGGCAGUUGGCCUCUGACUCCACCCAGGGCCCGGCCUCCGCCCUGGGGAUGAGAACUGGAAAUGAGCCCAUGAUCACCUCCCCCCCUGCUGGAGGCAAAGACGGGGACAAGGACGGGAUAAAGGGGACCCUGCUGCUCACCGCUGCCUCAAAGAUCGAGCCCAUGAAAGCCCUGGACUCUAGAUUCACAGAGAGAUCCAAGGCCACGCCUGGAGUCACCCCCACCUUCACCUCCACCUCUGCCCUCACUCCCCUCGACAGAUGCUCCAGACCGAAAGACACUUUAUCGAUGAAGGAGGUGAAGCCCAAAGAAGACACGAGCAGCGACAGCGAGGACAAAAUGGCCGCCAUCAACAGGAACCUGGCGCUUAAGAGGAAGGCGGACCCAGAGGGAGCGGAGGAGAGGAGGAGGCCGGAGCUGGACGCCGCCGAAGUCGUAGAGAAGAGAAAGAAGGGACGGCCGCGCAAGGACAAGAUGGCCCCCGCCACCCAGAACUUCACCUCCGUACAGGCCUCAGUCUCAACCGAGCGAGAGUCUGUGCGCGUGGUCCACAGUCCGGUCCAGGUCUCCAGACUGCCCACGCCCAGCGCCCAGAAGACCCUCAGCCUGCAGGUGAGCAUGGAGCCCAGCGUCACAGUGGAGACGGAGAACGAGGUCUCUGUGGUGGCCGGGUCCAGGCUCAGUCAGCUCCGAUGCUCCAGAGACGGGAAGGACUGGAGCACGCUGCUGCCCAGCUCUGUGCUCUGUGCCGCGGGGAGCAGUGCGGUGGUGGCGGUGGCGUGUGAGGACCGCACUCUCUCAGUCUUCUCUUCCUGCGGCAGACGGCUGUUCCCUCCCAUUGCGCUGCCCUCUGCUGUCUCGUCUGUGCACUGCGCCGGACACUACGUCAUGGCUCUGAGCACCGGAGCCACACUCUCCGUUUGGGAUGUGCUCCAACCAAAGGCUCUGGUGAAGAACGAGUCGCUGCUGCCGCUGCUCACAGGCGCAGACGUCACCUUGAGUCAGUCGACGCUCACGCCGCAGGGAGUCCCUGUGGUCUCGCUGUCCAACGGGAAGUCUUUCUGUUUCAACCUCGCCAUGGAGACGUGGACUCUGGUCGCAGACAAAGCCGACUCUCUGGUGCAGUGCGCAGACUUCAGGAGUUGUUUGCCACCUUCCCAUGAUGCAUCAGUGCUGUCCGGACCACUGGCCUCCAUGCAAGGCCGCCACCUCGGCGCUGGUCGUCUGGCCUCCCGUCUGUCCUCCACCCCUCACCACCUGCAGCAGGGCGUCACGUUGGCCUUCCUGGAGACGCAGCUCUCCUCGGCUCUCGCGCUGCAGUCGGCCUCAGAGUACAGACACUGGCUGCUGGUCUACGCCCGGUUCCUCGUCAACGAAGGCUCAGAGUUCCGUCUGCGAGAGCUGUGUAAAGAGCUCCUGGGGCCAGUGCACAAGUCUGCCACCUCCUCCUGGGAAAACUCCACUCUGGGCCUGAGGAAGAGGGAGCUGCUCACGGAGGUGCUGCCGGUGAUCGGAGAAAACCUCAGAUUUCAGAGACUCUUCACCGAGUACCAAGACCAGCUGGAGCUGCUGCGAAGCAAAUGA